UUUGUAAAGUGAUUUUUUUUAACCAAAAUAUGGCUGAAUUUGGUAAAAAUGAUGUGAUUUUACAAUGUUUAAUGGUUAAACGGUCUCAAAAUAAAAAAAGAUUUACGCCUGUUAAUUAUAAGCAAAGAUGGUUUGUCCUAACCAAAACGUCUCUGAUUUACUAUGAUAUAGAAGGAGAGAAACGUAAGGAAAGAGGUCGUGUCGAUUUGUCUGGCGUACGAAUUGUUGAGGCUGCAGUGCUUGAAUUAAACGGAUCACCAGUGCCUGGUAAUCCAUCAAGUGAUUCUAUUUUAAUAUCGUCUGGUACGAUACCACAAGGAUAUCCAUUUCAAAUAACGUAUACCGAAGAAUCAGCAGGUCCUGAAUAUACUUUGUAUUUGAUUCCGUCUAAAGAAGAUACACGGACCGAGUGGAUUCGAGCUUUACGAACAGUCUGCGCCGUUCGUGCUACAGUACCACCACAUACACGCUUCCAUUUAGGAUUGUGGACUGGUAAACGUUGGGGCUGUUGUCGACGAUCAUCUCGAACAGCUCCUGGUUGUGGCCAGUGUUCACCGUGGCCACCAGUAGCCAAUACCACAUUGUUUACAACAACAUCGUCUGGUAGCUCAUCGCCACAUAUAACUAUAGCCAAUUCGCCAAUUGUAAAUACAGUUGGCGGUGGUGGCGAUACGCUUAGUGUGGAGAAGUCAACUUUAUUAAUACCAUCACCUUCACCAUCAAAAAUACGGUACACGUCAUCGGAUUUACCAAAAUCGGCCUCAACGACUCCAAUAUCUGCACAUCUUAAAGUAAUAGGAACUCCAUCAACACCACUAAUGCCUGGUGGUGGGAGUGUGAUCAGUGGUGGAGGUACACCUGGAACUCCAUCAUCCAAAGCGAAAGAGAAAAUAAUACCACGGGGUGUCAAAGUUGUUGUAGCCUUGUAUUCAUUCAAGGCUAUGAUAGAUGGCGAUCUAUCGUUAGAUAAAGGUGCUGAAUAUGAAGUACUUGAUGAUUCACAGGAUCAUUGGUGGAAAGUCAAAGAUGAACAUGGAUCCGUUGGUUAUAUCCCUAGUAAUUAUGUUAAAGAAAAGGAAUUAUUAGGAUUACAACAAUAUGAAUGGUACGUCGGUGAUAUGUCCCGUCAAAGGGCAGAAUCUUUAUUAAAACAAGAAGAGAAAGAAGGCUGCUUUGUUGUAAGAAAUUCAUCCACAAAAGGAUUAUACACAUUAUCCUUGUAUACAAAAGUACCGCAUCCGCACGUAAAACAUUAUCACAUAAAACAAAAUUCACGAAAUGAAUUUUUUUUAUCAGAAAAACAUUGUUGUGAAACGAUACCAGAUUUAGUGAAUUAUCAUCGACAUAAUAGUGGUGGUUUGGCAUCUCGCUUAAAAGCAAGCCCAUGUGAUCGUCCAGCACCAGCCACAGCUGGUUUAUCACAUGACAAAUGGGAAAUUGAUCCAGCUGAAUUAAUGUUAUUAGAAGAAUUAGGUUCUGGACAGUUCGGUGUAGUCAGACGUGGUAAAUGGCGUGGUUCUAUUGAUGUUGCUGUUAAAAUGAUGAAAGAAGGCACAAUGUCUGAAGAUGAUUUUAUUGAAGAAGCUAAAGUUAUGACGAAAUUACAACAUCAAAAUUUAGUGCAAUUAUAUGGUGUUUGUAGUAAACAUAGGCCUAUUUAUAUUGUGACUGAAUAUAUGAAACAUGGUUCUUUAUUGAAUUAUUUACGGCGUUAUGAAACUUCUUUGGCAACAAAUACAGCGAUGUUAUUAGAUAUGUGUAUACAGAUUUGUAAAGGAAUGGCAUAUUUGGAACGACAUAAUUAUAUUCAUAGAGAUUUAGCAGCAAGAAAUUGUUUAGUCGGUAGUGAAAAUGUUGUAAAAGUUGCUGAUUUUGGUUUAGCACGUUAUGUAUUAGACGAUCAGUAUACGUCAUCAGGUGGUACUAAAUUUCCAAUUAAAUGGGCACCUCCAGAAGUAUUAAUGUACACACGAUUUUCAUCAAAGAGUGAUAUUUGGGCUUAUGGUGUGCUAAUGUGGGAAGUAUUUACAUGUGGAAAAAUGCCAUAUGGUCGUUUAAAAAAUACGGAAGUUGUUGAACGUGUUCAACGUGGCAACAUAUUAGAACGGCCACGUAAUUGUGACAAAAAUGUAUAUGAAAUCAUGUGUAAAUGUUGGUGUACAUCACCAGAAGAACGGCCCACAUUUCGUGCUUUAAAAGAUCAAUUAGUAACUGUGUCACAACGACUGUUAGUUGAUUGACUGGCCGCUACCUUAGCAUGUC